AUGCGUCUCCUCAGUUUCGCCACGCUCCUGGCGGCGGCAGCCUCCGUCGUCUCUGCCGCGGUGCCCUCCUCCAAGCGCUUCGACCUUACCAAGCCGUCGUACGACCUCUUCCGCAGCAAGCCGCUGCACGACGACACGGUCCAGCAAGGCUUCGCCUUCGACAACAAGAACCGGCGGCUGUUCGUCUCGCAGCGCCUCAACGGCGCCAGCGCCGCCUCGGGCGACCUCUGCAUCACGCAGCUCGACUUCAGCGGGAAGAAACUCGGCCAGAUGCACCUCAAGGGCUUCGGGCACGGCGUGUCGUUCGGCGCGCAGGGUGACGGGUCGGCCACCUACCUCUGGACCGAGGUCGACGCCAACAGCAACGGGUACGGCGCGCGCCUGGCCCGCUUCAAGUUCGUCAGCGGCGCCACCCUCACCAAGUCCUCCAGCAGCCUGAAGAAGUUCACGCCCGUGAAGGCUGGGACGGAGCACACCUGCGCGGUGGACACGGUCAACAACCGGCUGGUGGUGCGCUACCACACCUCGGGCGGCAAGCGCAUCGCGGUGUUUGACCUGGCUAAGGCGACCAAGGGCGAUUUCUCGGCGCCGCUGGUGGACUUUAAGCAGCCGUUGCCUAAGACCAAGGGGAAGAACUUCCAGGGGUACACGGCAUAUGGGCAGUAUCUGUACCUGCUGUGGGGGGACUCGUACGAUGUUAGCAAGGAGCUCAACUCGCAGGUGGCGAGCGUGGAUAUGAAUACGGGGAAAGUUGUUCAGGGACCGGUGAUUACUCGUGCCGGGUCGACGCUCUCGUUCCGCGAGCCGGAGGGCAUGGCGAUCUACCAGACGGCGGCGGGCGAGGUGCGGUUGUUUUUGGGGUUUGCGUCGGGCAAGGCGGGCGAUCGGAGGAAGUCGAGGAGCAUGAAGGGCCAGGCUGACGCGCCAUCAGUCGGGGGUUCCGAAUCGGCCCCCGUGUCGAUGUGA